AUGAAGGUGAUUGAUAAGAUUAACGAAGCGUUGAAGGACGAAAACAGGGUUGUUUUCUCUUUCGAGUUCUUCCCACCAAAAACUGAAGAUGGUGUCGAGAAUUUGUUUGAGAGAAUGGAGAGGAUGGUUGCCCACAACCCCAAUUUCUGUGAUAUCACAUGGGGUGCUGGUGGAUCCACCGCUGAUCUGACCUUGGAGAUCGCUAACAGGAUGCAGAAUAUGGUCUGUGUGGAGACCAUGAUGCACUUGACUUGCACUAACAUGCCUGUUGAGAAGAUCGAUCAUGCUCUGGAUACUAUUAAGAGUAAUGGGCUUCAGAAUGUUCUCGCCCUUCGUGGUGAUCCUCCUCAUGGUCAGGAUAAGUUUGUUCAGGUUGAUGGUGGAUUUGCUUGCGCCCUCGACCUUGUGAAACAUAUGAGAUCCAAAUACGGAGAUUAUUUUGGAAUCACUGUUGCUGGUUAUCCAGAGGCUCAUCCUGAUGUCAUACCAGCGGAUGGAGUUGCUUCACUUGAGACUUAUCAAAGUGACCUUGCCUAUCUUAAGAGAAAGGUGGAUGCAGGGGCUGACCUCAUCGUAACCCAACUCUUCUAUGAUACAGAUAUUUUCCUCAAGUUUGUCCAUGAUUGUCGCCAAUUGGGGAUUACUUGCCCCAUUGUUCCUGGAAUUAUGCCCAUCAACAAUUACAAAGGUUUCCUACGCAUGACUGGUUUCUGCAAAACCAAGAUUCCAGCUGAGAUUAUGGCUGCCUUAGAGCCUAUCAAGGAUAAUGAAGAAGCUGUCAGAAACUAUGGUGUUCACCUUGGCACUGAAAUGUGCAAGAAGAUAUUGGCUAAUGGGAUCAGGACAUUGCAUCUUUAUACAUUAAAUAUGGAGAAGUCUGCACUGGCAAUAUUGCAGGUUGGUACUUGA